AUGACCGUCUUCAUCUGCUCGCUCUUCCUCCCCAAGACGAUCCAGUUCAACCUCCCCGGUACUCCCCCCCAGCGCGGCCAUCUUUCGCGACGCCGAGGCAGGGCCGCACGCGCUCCCGGCAAGACUCCUGCUGCUCCUCCCGCCGACAUCCAGCCCAGCCUCUUCAGCUCCAAGCCCGACCUCACCCCACCGCACACGCCCGUCGACGACUCCGAUUCGCAGUCCCCGGACCCCUUUUCCAAUGAGGAUGGCCUCCGCAUCCAGUUCCCCCACGAGCUCGGCUCCCCCGACAAGGCCCUCUCCUCCCUCUGGGGCUCCCGCGUAAACCAGCCCGCCUCUCGCGCCCGCUCGCCGCCCCCGCCAGACCUCUUCGGUCACAACCGCACCAUGCAAAAGGCCCGCGAGAUGGGCCGUCAAGGCAUCAGCCAGCCCAAGGCCCUGAUGCGCAGCGAAAGCCACGACCGCGUCUUCUCCUCGGCUCCGUGGGAGGUCGUCGACGCCGACCAGGGCAACGGCGGCCUCCGUAACGCCGCAAAGGCGGCCGCUCGCGACGGCAAGCUCAACGACUACAUGUGGGUUGGCACCCUCGGCAUGCCCACCGACGCCCUCGAUGGCUCCCCUCAGAAGCAGGCUAUUGAAGAUGCGCUGGCCACCGACCACGGCAUGCUCACCGUCUUCUGCUCCGACAAGGACGUUGACGGCCACUACAGCCACUUUUGCAAGCAGAUCCUCUGGCCCGUCUUCCACUACCAGAUCCCAGACAACCCCAAGAGCAAGGCCUACGAGGACCACUCGUGGAAGUACUACGUCCACGUCAACCAGCACUUCGCCGACAAGAUUAUCCAGAAUUGGAAGCGCGGCGACGUCAUCUGGAUCCACGACUAUCACCUGCUUCUUGUCCCUGGCAUGGUCCGCAAAAAGCUUCCCGACGCAAAGAUUGGCUUCUUCCUCCACGUUGCCUUCCCUUCGUCCGAGGUCUUUCGCUGCCUCGCCGUCCGCGAGGAGCUGCUCGAGGGCAUGCUCGGCGCCAACCUGCUCGGCUUCCAGAUCCACGAGUAUGCCCGCCACUUCCUCCAGACCUGCAGCCGCCUCCUCUCCGUCGAGGCCACUCCCGGAGGCCUGCAGCUCGAGGAUCGCUUCGUCGACGUCGUCAACAUUGCCAUUGGCAUCGAUCCCGUCAGCCUGGGCAAGCACCGUGCCGAGCAAGACGUUGCGCGCUGGCUCCACAUUCUCGAGGAGCGCUACAAGGGCAAGAAGCUCAUCGUAGCCCGCGAUAAGCUCGACCAUGUGCGCGGCGUGCGCCAGAAGCUGCUGGCCUACGAGCUCUUCCUCAACAAGAACCCGCAGUGGCGCGAAAACACGGUCCUCAUCCAGGUCGCUCUCUCGUCUAGCGACAAGUCGGACCUCGACGCCACCGUCUCCGACAUUGUCACGCGCGUCAACUCGUCGUGGGCCAACCUCGCCUACCAGCCCGUCGUCUACCUCAAGCAGGACAUUGACUACGCCCAGUACCUCGCCCUGCUGACCAUUGCCGACGCCCUCAUGAUCACCAGCCAGCGCGAAGGCAUGAACCUCACCUCUCACGAGUACAUUUUCUGCCAAGACGGCAAGGUCGACCAUCGCCGGAAGCACGGCUCACUCAUCCUGUCCGAGUUCACCGGCACCUCGUCUCUGUUCAACGGCAACGAGCUGUCUGUCAAUCCAUGGGACUACCGUCAGUGCGCCGACGCCAUCCGGCAGGCCCUCGAGAUGGGAGACGAAGAGAAGCAGCGCCGCUGGGAGAAACUAUACGAGUCGGCGGCGCGCCAGACGGGCUCCUUUUGGUUCGGCGAGUUGCUCUCACGCCUGGACCAGGCCUACGAGGAGCAGCAGAAGCGACAUCAGACCUUUGUCCCCCGCCUGUCGAUUGACGACGUCGCCACAAAGUACCAGCAGUCGUGCCGCCGCCUCUUCAUGCUCGACUACGAGGGCACUCUGGUCAGCUGGGGCCCCGUGAACCAAAUCAUCCCCGUCAGCCCACAACGCACCCUCGACGUCCUCAACGACCUGUUGCUCGACGAGCGCAACAUCGUCUAUGUUAUGUCGGGCCGGCAGCCGGAGGAACUGGACCAUGUCUUUCGGCGCGUCCCGAACCUGGGCCUCAUCGCGGAGAACGGGUGCUUCAUCCGGGACCCCGGCGCGGAGAAGUGGGUCGAGAUGUCAGACAAUGCGCACAUCCAAGAGUGGAAAUCCUCGGUCAAGCCCCUGAUGCGCUACUUUUUGGAACGCACGCCCGGCACCGCGAUUGAGGAGCGGCACUGCAGCCUCCUCUUUCACUACGAAGGCGCCGAGGACCACGAGACGGCCUCGCGCCAGGCAUCGGACUGCGCCAACCACGUCAACGAUGCGUGCGAGGCGCAGCGGGUGCACGCCCUCGCCAUGGACGGCUCCAUUGUCGUCGAGUCCCUCGACUACAACAAGAGCACCGCGGCCCAAAAGGUGUUUGAGCGGCUCCGGGGCGGUUCGGGCUCGGCCGAGGGGCAGCAGGGCCCCAUUGGCUUUCUCAUGGUUGUCGGCGAUGGCCGCGAGGACGAAAAGGUGUUCAAGUGGGCUAACAAGUUGGGGCAGCAAGGUACCGUCGACAAGGUGGUGACGGUGAGCCUCGGGAACCGCAGCACGGAGGCUGCAGCAACCUUGACGCAGGGCGUUAGCGGUGUCCGCAGUUGCCUGCAGCGUCUCGCGUCUCUCUCGUAG